AUGGCGGACAACGCUUACAACAGCGCAGGCGCGGUCUACCGCAGCAGCUCCUCUGAUGACGAGGCCACUGCUGCCCACACACCGGCACGAACCAACAAGGGUGAGAAGGACGCUGCUUCUUCCACGCAAGAGACCACCGCCAACAGCAACGAAGAAGACGUUCCCGCCGACGUCGAGGCAAUUCGUGAAAAGAACGACCUGCUCAAGACAAACGAAGAGAAGCAGCGCGAGGGUGAACACGACCUCGAACCACGCGAAGACGGCAAGAUUGUUCUCACGGAACGAGCAGGUUACCUCGCUACGGGCUACUCCUACCCGACCUGGAAGAAGUGGGCCAUUCUCUGCGUCAUCUUUGCCGUACAAGUCUCGAUGAACUUCAACACCUCGGUCUACCCCAACGCCGUCAUGGGCGUCGCUGAAAAGUACCACGUCAGCGAAGCCGCAGCAAGAGUGGGUCAAAUGAUCUUCCUUGUUGCUUACGCUUUCGGAUGCGAGUUUUGGGCCCCCUGGUCGGAAGAGAUCGGUCGAUGGCCCGUCCUGCAAAUCUCGCUCUUCCUCGUCAACAUUUGGCAAGUCCUUGCAGCGCUCGCACCCAACUAUGGAUCCCUCAUCGUCGCUCGUUUCCUCGGCGGUCUUUUCACCGCCGGAGGCUCCGUCACUCUGGGUAUGGUUGCUGAUCUGUGGGAGCCCGAUGAGCAGCAGUUUGCCGUCGCGUUCGUCGUGCUUUCCUCCGUGGGUGGUACUUCGGUCGGACCUUUCAUCGGCGGCUUCAUCCAAGCCUACCUCAAGGUCGAGUGGAACUUCUGGAUUCAGCUCAUCUUUGGAGGUGCCGUUCAGAUUGUCCACUUUUUUGUCGUCCCCGAGACUAGGUCCACCAUCCUGCUUGAUCGAGAGGCAAAGCGUCGCCGCAAGAAUGGCGAGCACAACAUCUAUGGCCCCAACGAGGUCAGGACCGACCGUUUCAGCAUGAAGGAGAUCGGCGCAUAUUGGCUACGACCUUUCGAGAUGUUCCUGCGCGAACCCAUCGUGCUGUUCCUGUCGCUGCUUUCCGGUUUCUCGGACAUGCUCAUCUUCAUCUUCCUCGAGUCGUUCCAGCUGGUCUACAAGCAGUGGGGCUUUAGCACCGUCCAGAUUGGCCUGUCCUUCCUUCCUAUCAACCUGGGCUACCUUUUGGGCUAUCUGAUCUAUAUUCCGCGGUUCAUAUGGGAAGGGAAGCGUCGUCGGAGAGAUCCAGAUGCCCUGGCACCGGAAGCAAGGCUAUGGUUGCUGCUUUUCCUGGUGCCGCUCGAGACUCUCGGGCUGUUUGGCUUCGCUUGGACCUCGCUAGGUCCUCCUCGAGUUCACUGGAUCGCGCCCAUGAUCUUUUCGUGCAUGAUUGCCAUAGCUAACGUCGCUAUCUAUCUCAGCACAAUUGACUACAUGAUUGCUGCGUACGGGCCGUAUUCGGCUUCGGCGACGGGAGGCAACGCUCUAGCAAGAGACUUCUUAGCCGGUAUCUCGGCCAUGUACGCCACCCCUCUCUACAACCGACUUGGUCUCGAGUGGGCUUCGACCUUGUUGGCAUUCCUGGCUAUCAUCGUAGCCAUCCCCGUCUACAUCUUCUACUGGAAGGGUCCUGCCAUUCGCGAGAGGAGUAAGUUCGCCCAGUCGCUCUCUGAAGACAGGAAGAAGAAUGGUGGCAGGAGGACCGAUCAGGACGAGAAGGCAGAGGCAGGCACCAUCUGGCGCCGGGAGAAAAAGCAGGAGCAGCCACAGCAACAGUAA